AUGGAAAUGCUGUUCUUAAAAGAAGACCCCAAAUACAGUGCUAUGCUAGCAUAUCUUGAUUCGUCAUCAGGGAUAAAGACAAUUAUAUCCAAACUACCAUACAGUUUACAAGAAAAAUGGACUAAUAGAGCUGUGAAAUAUAAGAAGGAACACAGAGCUAUAUUUCCUCCAUUUCAAGUCUUCGUAGAAUUCAUAAAGGAUAUAAGCAAGGUGAAAAAUAACCCAGGAUUCAACUAUGAGCCAGACACAAACAGCACCAACAAAUUUGCUGCUCCAAAACUAUUAAGUUACGCAAGAAACAAGGUCAAUGUGAACAAGACAGGUGUCGACGUAACUGCUCCACUUGAACGUUGUGUCAUCCACAAAACCAAACAUACUUUAGAGGACUGUAGAGGAUUCCGGUCCAAGUCGGUAGAGGAAAGGAAGAGACUCUUGAAAGAAAACAACAUAUGCUUCAGAUGUUGUGCUUCUAACACUCACAAAAGUCGCGAAUGCAAUGCUGUUAUCUCAUGCAAGGAAUGUGGAAGCAAGCAUCAUACAACCGCUCUGCACCUUACCAGAAAUGACAAAGUGGUUUCUAUGGAUUCUAAUGCAACUCAUCAAGCGAAUGGCGGGGAGGAAACCAAAUGCACUCCUAAUUCAUCAUUAAAGGAGAACGGCGGGGAGUCGAGGGGUAACAUGAGGUCCAACACUGUGUCAGAGGUCAACUCAAGCUGCACCGAGAUAGGCAGAGAACCUUACAGUGGAAAGUCGUGUGCCAAGAUCUUGCCCGUUCAUGUGUUUCAUCUUGACAAUCCACACAAGUCGGUGAAGAUGUACGCAGUAAUUGAUGAUCAGAGCAACCGCUCAUUAGCCUCCCCAGAAUUCUUUAGGUUGUUUUGUGUGAAGGAUAAACCACAGAACUACACCAUAUCAACCUGUUCUGGCAAAGUUGUAACUUCUGGAAGAAGAGGAAAGGGGUUCAUUGUUAGAUCAAUAGAAGGCAAUGUAGACUUUGAACUACCAACCUUGAUUGAGUGCGACCAUAUACCAAACAAUCGAGAUGAAAUACCAACACCUGAAGUCACACUCCAUCAUGAACAUCUCACAGAAAUUGCUGGGCACCUUCAACAACUUGAUGAUGAAUGUCACAUUCUUUUGCUGAUAGGACGCGAUUUGAUAGAGGCCCAUCAUGUUCUACAUCAGAUCUUUGGUCCACCGAAAGCUCCUUAUGCACAACAACUCAAACUUAGCUGGGUUGUCAUUGGAGAAACUUGUCUCAACAUGCAACAUGCCUCACGUGAUCUAAGUGUAAAGAAAACUUACCUUCUACCAACUGGUCAGCCUUCAACCAUGAAGCCAUGCAGCAACAAGUUUGAGGUACGAGAACUUAUAGGUCAGUCUUUGUCUGAUGAGUCGCAGCUAUUUAUCAGGACGAAGGACGACGAUGAACAAGGCAUGUCAAUAAAGGAUAAAAUGUUCUUGCAACAGAUGGAUAGUGAAUUUAUCAGAGACCCUUCAGGAAGUUGGGUGGCCCCACUGCCCUUUCGGGAGAAUCGACAGCGGUUACCGAACAACAAACAGCAAGCCGUUCAGCGUGCUAAACUUCUUGAUGUAAGCCUUAAGAAGAACCCUGUGAAAAAAGGACACUUUCUUACAUUCAUGGCUACGAUUCUGGACAAUCAUCAUGCAGAAGUUGCCCCAAAGUUGUCUGAUGGAGAUGAAUGUUGGUUUCUGCCCCUAUUUGGUGUUUAUCAUCACAAAAAACCAGAUCAGAUUAGGGGCGUGUUCGACUCAUCGGCUAAAUUUGAGGGAGUUUCCCUAAAUGAAGUCCUUCUUUCAGGACCUGAUUUAUCAAACAGCCUGCUUGGCAUUCUUUUAAGAUUUCGCAAGGAAAUGGUUGCUGUGACUGCCGAUGUGCAACAUAUGUUUCACUGUUUCUUAGUAAGAGAGGAUCAUCGCAACUUUUUAAGAUUUUUGUGGCACAAGGAUAACGACCUUGACAAAGAAAUCAUUGAGUAUAGGAUGAGGGUCCAUGUCUUUGGUAACCGGCCCUCACCUGCUGUAGCAACACUUGGACUCAGAAAGGCAGCUGAAGCAGCAGAACCGAACUAUGGAGAUCACGUUACCAAUUUCGUAAAAAAUGACUUUUACGUUGAUGAUGGGUUGACUUCCUGUCCAACCACUGCAGAAGCUGUUCGCAUUCUCAAGGACACUCAGAGUGCCUUGAAGGGAUAUGGUAAUCUCCGGCUUCAUAAAUUUGCCUCUAACAGUCCUGAAGUAAUGUCAGCCUUUCCAGUUGAAGACCUAGCAACAAAUCUGAAAGACUUGGAUUUACAAGGAGAGGACAUGCCUCUGCAGCGAAGCCUUGGUCUAAGCUGGGAUGUAAACAAUGACACCUUUCUGUUCCAACUAUCAAAAGACAAUAAACCUGCCACACGAAGAGGUUUACUUUCAACUGUCAAUGGGAUUUAUGACCCUCUAGGCUUUUUAGCACCAGUGACUAUCUAUGGUAAACUCCUACUCAGGCAACUGAUAGCACAGACUCAAGACUGGGACGAGCCCCUCUCUGAAGAACUAACAUCUCUAUGGAAUUCUUGGAAGGAUACCUUAGAUGCACUUGAAGCUCUGCGUAUUCCACGGACAUAUGUGACAGAUCUCAGCAAAGCAGUGACGAAAGAACUUCAUGUGUACAGUGACGCAUCUGAAAAGGCCAUAGCAGCUGUCGUUUAUUUGCGCACAACCGAUAGUGAUGGACAGUGCAAAGUUGGAUUCGUGUUGGGAAAGGCUAAAGUUGCACCCAUAAGUGGACACACUAUCCCACGAUUGGAAUUAUGUGCAUCUGUGUUGGCGGUGGAGAUUGCACAGUGUGUUCUGAAUCACCUGGGCAUACAAAUAGACUCUGUGAAGUAUUACACUGAUAGCAAAGUAGUCCUCGGCUACAUCUGUAAUGAGUCUAGGAGAUUCUAUAUCUAUGUUGCCAACAGAGUAGACGGCAUAAGGAAGUUUACUACUCCAAGCCAGUGGAAUUACGUGUCUACUGAUCAUAACCCUGCAGAUUUAGCAACGAGAUGUCUACCUGCACAUGAGCUUCAAGACAGCACUUGGUUACAAGGACCAAAACAACUUCUUGUUAUAAAACAGGAGGAACAAAAUGAGAAUGAACAUUUACUCAUUAAGCCAGAUGAAGAUAAAGAGAUUCGCCCUAUUGUUUCAGCAAUGAAAAUCUGCACUGCAGACGAAGAUGGUGGACAACCAUACACUGCAAUGACUCAACGAUUCCAGCGAUUUUCUGACUGGAGGAAACUUGUGUUGGCCAUGAACUUUCUCAGAUACAUGCCUUUCAAGUUUCAAGGCAAAGAUGUUGAUUCUAACACAGUAACUGAAAGAUACCAAGACACAGAGCACUUUGUGAUCCGGAUGGUGCAGUCUGAGGUGUACUGUGACGAGAUUGACUUUGCGAGAGAAGAAACCAUUGAUUAUACCUGGACGCCAUCACAUAGCAUCCCUACUGGUUCGACAAUAUCACGAGAAUGUCAAGCACCAAGGGCGUCACUUCACCGAAGGAGCUAUUAG